GAGUAGAACAUUAGAAAUUUCAAAGCGGCGACAGGACUCCAAGGAAAAUGUUUCUUCAUUUUGGAAUACUACUUCUUCUGUCCCAUGGACUGCUUGGCGAAGUGGAGGUUUCGGAAGCUAUAGAUGGAGACACCCGAAUAGUAGGUGGCAAAGAUGCCACUCCAGGCAUAGCUAAGUACGCGGUUUCAAUUCGUGGUCAUAACGGUAAGCAAGAUUGGCACAGUUGCGGAGGUUCAAUUUUAAACGAAGAGUACGUUUUAACAGCAGCUCAUUGCAUUUAUCAGAGACGAACUGACCAGGUGUCAAUACUCGUUGGCACUUACACGGUUAAUAAAGGAGGCGACCGAUACAAGAUUAAAAAAUUGAUCCCUCACGAGAAGUAUGACAACGAGUGGCUAAGGAAUGACAUAGCCCUCAUGCAGAUCGAAGGCAAAAUCAAAUACAGCGAUAAGGUUCAACCGAUUGAAUUGUUAAAAGAAAUGGCACCCAUUGGAAAGAAAUGCCUCUUGACUGGCUGGGGAUUAACAAACUAUAGACGGAGAACUGCACCAAACUAUCUUCAAAUGUUGGAGUUCAAAACAAUCAGCAAUGAUGACUGCACUAAACAACUAAAACGCUCGCCUUACCCGGAAUAUGUGCCCGUAGACGUCGGACAACUCUGCGUUCAGCGCCCGAAAAGAAGUGGUGCAUGCAAAGGUGAUUCUGGUGGUGCACUUGUCAUUGAAGACGAGAAGAAUAAAACUGUUCAAAUAGGAGUCGUGUCCUGGGGAGUUCCCUGCUCCGCCAACUUUCCUGAUGUAUUUGCUUCAGUCCAUGGUUACUACGAUUGGAUACAGAGCAAAAUGAAAUGAAUAACUCAAGAUGUCAACUCAAAAUCUGAUCGAAAUAAAUAUUAUUUGGAAUAAAA